AUGGAGGAGACAGUGGUGAGGCCCUCGGUGUUCGUGGUGGAUGGACAGACGGACAUCCCUUUCACGAGGCUGGGACGCAGCCGCAGGAGACAGCCCUGCAGUGCUGCCCGGCUGGGCCUGGGCCUCCUGCUGCUGCUGUUGGCGACCGGAGUGGCUGUCCAGGGCUGGUUCCUGCUGCAGCUGCACUGGCGCCUGGAGGUGAUGGCCACCUCCCUGCAGGACAGAGGUGCAGGACCCCGGGAUCUCCUGGUGCAAGAUCGGAGGCCCCAGCAGGCCAACCCGGCAGCACACCUCACAGGGGCCAACUCCAGCCUGACAGGCAGUGGGGGCCCGCUGCUGUGGGAGACGAAACUGGGCCUGGCCUUCUUGAGGGGCCUCACCUACCGGGACGGUGCCCUGGUCAUCGCCCAGGCCGGCUACUAUUACAUCUACUCCAAGGUGCAGCUGGGCGGUGUGGGCUGCCCCCAGGGGCUGACCGGCAGCCUGCCCAUCACCCACGGCCUCUACAAGCGCACGGCCCGCUACCCCGAGGAGCUGGAGCUGCUGGUCAGCCGGCGGUCACCCUGCGGGCGAGCAAGCAGCCCCCAGGUCUGGUGGGACAGCAGUUUCCUGGGCGGAGUGGUCCACCUGGACGCCGGGGAGGAGGUGGUGGUGCGCGUGCCUGAUGAGAGCCUGGUCCGAGUCCGCGACGGUACGCGGUCCUACUUCGGGGCGUUCAUGGUGUGAAGGAAGGAGCUAGGGUAGAUGGAACGGAGUCCGACAGACAGAGAGGUGCCUCGGGAGACAGGAAAACCAACAAGCAGAGAUUUUGGAGUGUGCCCGGGAGAACCCCAAACUCAACAGGUGGAGAGCUAAGUGGGGACCACCGGGACCAAGAACCCAGUUAUUCCACAAGAAGAAAGACCCAGCAGGCACCUCUGAAGAACCAAAGGAGACUGCAGACCCUGCCAUGGACAACUCUGAAGACACAGACCUGGAGACUUGGGGGUCUGUUAGCCCCCAGGCAGGGGUAAAGCUGA